AUGGCUCCCUCAGCCCUCGUCGGCCGUCCCCUGAACUGGGCCAUCACGGCCGCAGCCGGCGCAGGUUUCCUGCUUUUCGGUUAUGACCAGGGCGUCAUGAGCGGUCUCCUUACCGGCACGGCUUUUACCAGGACGUUCCCGGAGAUCGAUACCCUCAAUGGCGGGAGUGCUUCUCUCCAAGGCACAGUAGUCGCCAUAUACGAAAUAGGGUGUUUCUUUGGAGCGAUUGCCGCCUUGUUCAUCGGUGAACCCCUUGGGAGGCGCAAGGUGAUAAUGCUAGGAUGCAUUAUCCUAGCGAUCGGCGGUGCGCUUCAGGCCUCGGCGAGCACCAUUCCUCACAUGAUCGUUGGUCGAAUAGUGGCUGGGCUGGGGAACGGCCUGAAUACCAGCACGAUCCCCGUCUGGCAUUCGGAGCUGAUGAAGGCCACCAAGCGCGGAAAGGGGCUAUGCGUCGAGCUGGCCAUCAACAUCUUUGGCGUCAUGCUGUCGUACUGGGUCGACUACGGCAUGUCCUUUGAGAAGAGCGACGCCCAGUUCCGCUUCCCGCUGGCGCUGCAGUGCGCCUUCGCCAUCGUCACGUUCCUGGGCGUGCUGUUCCUCCCCGAGUCCCCGCGGUGGCUCGUCGCCAACGACCGCCACGAGGAGGCCCAGGACGUCCUCUGGUCCGUCGAGGACGACGCCAGGAGCAUUCCGCGUGACGACGAGCGCGUGACCAAGCACCUGGUCGAGAUCCAGACGGCCAUCCGCGAGGAGCGCGAGGCCGCCGGCAACACGGGCUACGGGGCCCUGCUGCGCAACGGCCAGCAAAAGUUCCUGUACAGGACCCUGCUGGGGAUAGGGGGCCAGUUCUUCCAGCAGCUUUCCGGCAUCAACCUCAUAACGUACUACGCCCCCGUCAUCUUCCAGCAGAGCGUGGGGCUGACCCGGGACCUCUCGCUGCUCCUCGCCGGCUUCAACGGCGUCGCCUACUUCUUCUCGUCGCUCGUGCCCAUCUGGCUCAUCGACCGCCUCGGCCGCCGCAAGCUCAUGCUCUUUGCCGCCGCCGGCCAGGGCUGCUGCAUGGCCAUCCUCGCCGGCACCGUCGCCGACGGGAGCAAGAGCGCCGGCAUAGUCGCCAUCGUCAUGCUCUUCCUCUUCAACUUCUUCUUCUCCGUCGGCCUGCUGGCCAUCCCGUGGCUUCUGCCCGCCGAGUACGCCCCGCUGGCCAUUCGAUCUCGGGCCGCGGCGCUGGCCACUGCGUCAAACUGGAUCUUCACCUUCCUCGUCGUCGAAAUCACCCCCGUCAGCAUCACCAACAUCCAGUGGCGCACCUACAUCUACUUUAGCGUCUUCAACUUUUGCUUCCUGCCCCUCAUCUACCUCUUCUACCCCGAGACCCGCAACCUGACCCUCGAGCAGAUCGACAAGCUCUUCACGGGCGAGCGCGUAAAGAUGCACUGGGAGCCCAGCAUGGGAUCCGUCGAGGGUCUGAGCAGCGCCAGCUCCGAGGGUGAGAAGGAGGCCGCUGUCCAGACCGAGGUGGCCGAGAGGCGGCAUUGA